AUGUCUCCGCCAACGUAUGAUCGCACGGUCCCGGACAAACAACCCCAGUCGCCAGUGCCAGCGCCAGUCCAAGAGACGGAUACACCGGCGACAUGGGGCAUUGGAUGGAGGCAUCCGGCCCUGAUGGUCGGGCUCGUCAUAUCCGGUGCGAUGCUGUCCAUGGGUCAUCAUUUCUACUACAGGAGCCUCGACGGCGGUCGUGUCGCGUCUCGCGAGGAACAGACGUGGGCGAUCCGGAUCGGAACUGGCUUCGCGUUUUUGAUCAAAUCAUGCCUGGCGUCCGCCGUUGGGCUCGCAGCGGUGCAGGAGACCUGGGCCACCCUCCGCCGGAAGAGCGUCCGGCUCAGUGGGAUUGAUAGCAUGUUUGCCGUCCGGGACAGCCCUCUUGCUCUUCUCACCCUGGACUUGUGGGUCUAUGCAAAGACGCUGACCGUGCUGGCGAUUGUUUCCUGGCUGAUUCCUCUGACGGCGAUCGUUACGCCCGCAACUUUGAACGUGGUUACAUAUCCAGCCAGGGAUGAGAUCGAGCGGCUCGUUCCAAACGUUAACUUCGACCCAUCAUUCUGGCGUAAUGAGGCACAAUUCGAUGAGGCGUGGCACAUCACCUCCCCAUCUGCCAGCAUGGCCCGCGUCUUCACAACCUUGGCCUCAUCGGCCCAAGUGCUUCCAGUUCCUGCACCGUUCUCCAACUCGUCUUACAAUCUCUCAUUCUGGGGUCCUUCGUACAAAUGCCAGCGACUGAGUGAAGCUCUCAUGGAGAUAGACGGGGUGACGCAGAAACUGUGGGAUAGCGAAAUCACAGAGCCGCAGUUCCAGACAACGAGGCUCUACAUGGGGACUGCACCUUCGGAUCUCAACAAUACCGUCUUCAUAUCAGCUGCAGGCAGCAAUCCGCUGUGGAACGACAACGCCACACAGCCCACUGAGAUUGUCUGCCAGCUCUGGAAUACCUCCUACGUAGUCGACAUGCACUUCACCAACGGCAUUCAGACGCUGACGCCAAUCUCAGUCGACCACAUCGCCUAUGCCAAUUGGAAUGAAAGCGCUGCUAUCAACUUCGCAGCGCCUUCAUACUCAGAAGUAGAUCCAACAGUGAAUGCAGGCUUUUACAUAAUCCAGAUGAUCCUCUCGGGUCUUCUCCAAGGCGAACUGGUUCAGAGUAAGAGAGCCGGAGUGUAUCAGGAUAAGACUGUUGCAUCUUCGACGACAUACACCGAUACGUCACUUGCGUACACCAGCCUCUUUGCCUGUCCAGAAUUAUGGAACACCAGCAGCUAUUAUUAUAAACAUGGCAACGACUCCACUAAAACUUCGUGCCGGAACGGAACCUUGGCCCAGGCCAUCGAGGACCUCAGCCACAAUUUCACCUACACCCUGCUCAGCCUUAAUGGCGGAAACUCCACCGUCAAAGUAAUGGACUUGACCAACCGCAACUACUAUUUCUACGGCAGUACGGUCCUGCUAGCGGCUUACAUGAGUGCGCUGGCUGUCACGAUUGCGUGCGUCGUCGUCGGCUUCUUCGCCCUGCGACGAAACGGCGUCCCCCAAAACAACUCGUUCUCAAGUGUCUUGAUGACGACUCGGAAUCCGGAGCUGGACCGCUUGGCCGGGGAUAUUGAUAAGGUUCGGCUGCAGUUUGGGGAGGUCGAGGGCGCAAAUCUGCGACAUAGGCAUGCGGCGUUCGGGUCCAAGGGGUCGGUGACAGCCCUCUCUAAGGGCGAGGAUUAUUAUUAG